GCCGGGAGCGGGGCCCGCGGAGCCGGGGAAGCGGCGGCCCGCGGCCCGCGCAGCGAUGGGCGCCGGCGGAGGGUCGCCCGGGCAGGCCGCCUGCCUGCGGCAGAUCCUGCUGCUCCAGCUGGACCUGAUCGAGCAGCAGCAGCAGCAGCUGCAGGCCAAGGAGCGGCAGAUCGAGGAGCUCCGGGCCGAGCGCGACACGCUCCUGGCGCGGAUCGAGCGCAUGGAAAGGCGGGUGCAGCUGGUGAAGAAGGACAGCGAGCGGGAGAAGCACCGCAUCUUCCAGGGCUUUGAGGUGGAUGAGAAGCCGGAGGCAGAGGCAUGUGAGAAGCUGCCUCUGGAGUGUCCCCAGGACCUGCUGGAGCCUCCCCCGACCCUGCAGCCCAAGCACUUCCCCUACGGCAGGAACGGGAAGGGGCAUAAAAGGAAGCCAGCGUUUGGGAGCACGGAGAGGAAGACGCCUGUUAAAAAACUAGUGUCCGAGUUCUCCAAAGUGAAGAGUAAAACUCCAAAACACUCCCCGGGGAAGGAGGAAUCGGGCGGCUCCUUGGCUGAAACUGUUUGUAAACGAGAACUGCGGAGCCAAGAGACUCCGGAAAAACCCCGGUCGCUCCUGGAGACCCCACUCAGAGCAUCAGCCCCGCCGAAGGGCCCCGGCACCCUCCCCAAGGAGAAAGGCUUUGCCAGCGAGGCCGACGACCUGCCCUAUCUGUCCACCACAGAAAUGUACUUGUGCCGCUGGCACCAGCCGCCCCCAUCGCCGCUGCGGGAACCUUCUCCCAAAAAGGAGGAGACUGUAGCAAUUCCGUCUUGGAGGGACCAUGUCGUGGAGCCCCUGAGAGACCCCAACCCCUCGGACCUCCUGGAGAACCUGGAUGACAGCGUCUUUUCCAAACGGCACGCAAAGCUGGAGCUGGAUGAGAAACGAAGGAAAAGGUGGGACAUCCAGCGGAUCAGGGAACAGAGAAUCCUACAGCGGCUGCAGCUCCGAAUGUACAAAAGGAAAGGGAUUCAGGAGUCGGAACCUGAAGUUACCUCAUUUUUCCCUGAGCCAGAUGAUGUGGAAAGUUUGCUCAUCACCCCUUACCUGCCCGUUGUCGCCUUUGGCCGGCCCUUGCCCAAACUGGCCCCACAGAACUUCGAGCUGCCGUGGCUGGACGAGCGCAGCCGCUGCCGGCUGGAGGUGCAGAAGAAGCAGACGCCGCACCGGACCUGUCGGAAAUGAGGGAGAUGCUGGGAGCUCCAGACUCCUCCGGGAGAUCCAGACACCUCCAGGGGCUCCAGACUCCUCCGGGAGCUCCAGACACCUCCAGGAGCUCCAAACACCUCCGGGAGCUCCAGACUCCUCCAGGAGAUCCAAACACCUCUGUGAGCUCCAAACUCCUCCGGGAGCUCCAGACACCUCCAAGAGCUCCAGACACCUCCAGGAGCGCCAGACACCUCCGGGAGCUCCAGACACCUCCAGGAGCUCCAGACACCUCCGGGAGCUCCAGACACCUCCAGGAGCUCCAGACACCUCCGGGAGGCUCCGUACGUCCUCGGGGGCUCUGAACACCCCUCUGGCACCAGAAGCUCUGCCACGGCCGGGUCGCGGCCGGCUGCCGCCUGCUCCGUGCUGACGGGUGGUUUCGUUCUUCUGCGAUCCCCGUUCCGUUCGUUUGGGUUUUGGAACGUUUCCCGGACCCGUCCCCCCGCGCUGGCACCGGCUUCCCGGUGCCACCGGCCCAGCAGCUGCACCUCCACAGCCCCGUGGCCUUGGGAUCUGGGGCUCGUGGGAUCACCAGCACCGGAUCCCGUGUCUGGGGAUGCCUCAUCCCCCGGGACUCGCCCGCUGCUGCCUUCACGUUGUGUUUAGGCAGAAAGCAGGAUAAAGGGCGGAUUGUGUCGGAGCCGGCUGGGAGCUGGGAAGCACCUGGGAUUCUCUUUUGGGAGGUUCCCCCCCCCUCUUUCGUGGUUUUCCUCUCUGGAGCGGGGUUGGCAGGGGCAGAGGGGAAGAGUUAAAAAGCAAAAAGAAAUUUUUUCUUUUUUUUUUUCUUUUUUUUUUUUU